CAAAUCGUGAAUCUUGAAUCUUGAAUGUCCAUCUCAUCGAAAUUUCGAAGAAAGCUGCAUCCCGUCGGCGCGAUUGCAACUACAGCUGCCUGAUCGACUUCCGUUCCGACAUCUCUGAUCCAUAACAGCACCUGCUUGCAGAGAAGACGGACUUCUUACAAGCCAGCUCAUCGGAUCGACACUCCGGAACACUUCCACACAAGCUGGCCCAAGAUGGGCAAGGACGAAUCAAAAAAGGAAGCCAAGAGGGCGAAGCGCCAAUCCGAGGCUGCCGCUGCAGCGCUCGGCGACGUCAGCAUGGUCUCUGCAGCGACAGAUGGAGCAGCAGACGACAAGGCCAAGAGGAAGGCGGAGAAGAAGGCUGCCAAGGCUGCUGCUGCCGCCAUGGCCGGAGAGGAUGACGAGGAUGAUGAGACGGCGGUCAACUUGGACGCGAUCAGUCCCAUUGCUCAUCCAUUGGCGCACAAGAAGCUCUCUAAACGGGUGCUCAAAACGAUCAAAAAAGCGUCCAAGUCGCGAGGGCACGUGAAACGCGGGGUGAAGGAGGUGGUGAAGGGGCUUCGCAAGGGAGAAAAGGGCUUGGUGAUCAUGGCAGGCGACAUCUCGCCUUUGGACAUCUUGUCCCACAUCCCAGUCUUGUGCGAGGAGACGGACAACCCGUACGUCUUUGUUCAGAGCAAGGACGAGCUGGGCGCGGCUAGCAGCACAAAGAGACCCACUAGCGUCGUCAUGAUCUGCCCUACUGGUCUCAAGGGCAAAAAAGAAGUCAAGGAAGACUACACCGAAGAGUAUGGCAACCUUCACACCGAGGUCAAGAAUCUGGACGAGCGCGUGGUUCUGGGCGCGUGAAAUCUAUCUUCUCGCGCCGUCGCAAUUCUUCUCCCAAACCUGUGAUCUCGAAAGGCCGCUGCGCAUGUACACUAGGCACUGUAAUCACACAUCUUGCGUCCUC